CAUGCUGCAAUAACAAAUUGUGUUUGGUCUCAAUGUGGUUUUAGAUUUAGAAACAAAAUGGCUUCCAGGUUGGAGGAGGACCUGACCUGUCCCAUCUGCCGUGAGCUCUUCAGAGAUCCUGUGGUUGUGUCCUGCAGCCACAGCUUCUGCAAAGUUUGUCUAGAGAACUGGUGGAGGGACAAACCCAUAAAGACCUGUGCAGUUUGUAAGAGAAGGUCCUCAAGGGAUUUUCCUCCUCUGAACCUGGUUCUGAGGAACCUGGUGCAGACGUUUGCAGAGCAGAGAGAGCACACCCCUGCAGAGGAUCAUCUAUGCAGUCUUCACUCAGAGAAGCUCCGGCUCUUCUGUCUGGACCAUGAGGAGCCGGUCUGCCUAGUCUGCAGAGACUCCAGGAUUCACAAAGACCACAGAUUUAGUCCCAUCGAGGAGGUGGCUGAGGACCUGAGAGAACACCUGAGGAAGUCCAUCAAGUCUCUACGAGACAAACUGCAGGUUCUGACUGGGAAGAAAGAGGAGUUUGAAGACACAGCGGUUUAUAUCACAGCCCAGGUACAACAAACAAAGGCACAGAUCCAAGAACAGUUUGACAAACUGCACCAGUUUCUGCUGGAGGAAGAAGACUCCAGAAUUAAGGCUCUAAAGGAGGAGGAGGAACAGAAGACUCAGAGAAUAAAGGACAAGAUGGUCGCUGUGAGCAGAGAGAUGGAGGCUGUGUCAAAGACCAUCGCAGAGACAGAGGAGGAGCUGAGGGCCACAGACACCUUCUUCGUGCUACAGUACAAGUCUACAGUGGAGAUACUGCAGGACCGCACCCUGGUGGAGGAGCCGCAGAUGGAACCUGGAGUUUUGAUAGACCAGACCAAACAUCUGGGAAACCUGGGGUUUAACAUCUGGGAGAAGAUGAGGAGACUGGUGAAGUUCUACCCUGUCAUUCUGGAUCAAAACAGUGCAGACCCUGAACUCAUGCUGUCUCAAGAUCUGAGUUCAGUGAGGUGUGGAGAGAGACAGAGGCUUCCACAGAAUCCAGAAAGAAGUAAAGACCACAUUGUAUUUGGAUCCAAAGUGUUUAGAUCAGGGAUUCACAGCUGGGACGUGGAAGUCGGGGACAGUAAAAGUUGGUCUGCAGGUGUGACUGGACAUGUUUUGAGAGAGGAAAAGACUGAGACUGGAUGUUGGUUUAUAAACGUGAUUAAUGGUAAAUAUUCAGCUUAUUCUCACCCAGAUACAGACAAACCAUUAUCUGUGAUGAGUCUGCAGAGACUGAGAGUGAAGCUGGACUUUGAUAGAAGAACACUGACCUUUAGUGACCCCAUCAUAAACACAGAUCUGAGCACACACACAUUCACAGACACAUUCACUGACGGGCUAGUUCCAUAUUUUUUCACAGACGACAACAUUCCCCUGGAGAUUUUACCAAAGGACAUCACUGUAAAGUGUAAAUACUGAAACUUAAAAAGGGGGUAUUAUGUAAGACUUUUUGGAGUCUUCUACCAUAGCGUUUCCUCACCAAAAACAUGCCUGAAGAGAUAUAUGUCUUCCAUGCAUAUUUGAGUCUUGAGCUAUCUCUUCUGGGCUCUAAUCUUUCUUUCUUUAUCUUUAUUUAUACAGGGGAACCCAAUGAGAGUACUUGGGCGCUUCGAGCCCUCCUUACGGUUAGGAGUAUGAUCCUAAACAAAGCUCAGCCCACAAGCCAUGCUCCUGCAUGGCAGCAAUAAAAGCAAAAUACAAAGCAAUACACUAAAAGUUCACAAACCUAAUGUGAUGUGCAGUAGUUUCAUUAAUGGGAUGCGUGCUGAUUGUAAUGUGAUAGCGCUCUGAAGGGGAAGUGACUAAGCACAGGGAGCAAAGCAAAACAAAAUGAAACUAACAUGUUAACACAUUGUUUUCUGCAAAUAUAGCAAUUUCGAAACAAUAAAAGGUAACAUGCUGAUCUAAAUAUGUGAUGUGUUAACUGUUAGUAACUGAUAAAAAUGUAAUACCCCCUCUUUAAGGACUCAGUUUUUUAAUAUGAACCAUCAGAAUUGUGGGACCAUUCAUAUGAAGAAAGAGUUUUUGACUUGUUUGAAACAAGUUGUUCAUUGCUUUCUAAAAUCACGGUAAACUAUACUAUCCAAAUUAAUCAUCAUCAACUGCUUGUCUUUAAGGAGAAGUUAUUGCUUUGCCUGUAAUGCUCUACAGUAUGGCAUCAAACUCCUUUAUCUUGUAUGUAUUGGUUAGUUAGAUUACAUUUGGUAGUGAUGUGCAAUAAUAGAAUUUUGAACCGGUACUGAUAACCAAUAAUUUGAUGAUGAAUUUCAUAGAUAAUCAAUAAAGUAAAAC